CCCCCCUUCUCUUCCCGCUCUGCGAUCGAUUGCACGAUGACCACCGGCUUGGUCCAGCGCCGCCGGGGGAAUGCCGGGGCCUCGGCCUCUGGCAGCUCCGUCCACGGGGGAGACUCCACCAUCUCGCAGGGGUCUGGCGCCCCCGGAGGGCCGAUGCACUUUGAGUCCAGCUCGGCCACCUCGCCCGACGAGGAUGUCGAUCUCUUUGACGACGGCAACGAUCUGGAUGCCAAUAAGCGGAUUAAGCUCACCCUCCUGGAGGAGGUGGUCCUCCUGGGGCUGAAGGACGAGGAGGGCUAUCUCUCCUGGUGGAAUGACAACAUUUCAUACGUCCUUCGUGGGUGUAUCCUGCUUGAGCUGAGCUUCCGCGGGCGGAUUGAUACCACCAAGGAUUCCCGCCGGCGCGCUUUCCCCGAGCGCUGCAUAGAGGUCAUCGACCGGACUCCCACUGGCGAUGUCCUCCUCGAUGAGGCCACUCGACACAUCCUCUCGGAGACCGCCAGCAUUGCUGACUGGAUGGAUUACCUGUCCGGCGAGACGUGGCACCUGCUGCGCAUGGGCUACCAGCUGAAGCAGGUCCGCGAGCGUGUGCAAAAGUCCCUCGUGGAUAAGGGCGUCCUCCGGACGUCGCGCACUGGCUUCCUUCUGUUCGACACUGCCACGCACCCUUUGUCCGAUCGCGCGGCCAAGCAGCUGGUCAUCACGCGGCUGGUUGAUUGUUUGAUGCGUCGCACGAUCCGGCCCGAUCGGAGGACUAUUGCCCUGGUUUGCGCUGCCUACGCGGCAAAUGUCCUUGAAAACGCUCUGGCGCAUCUGCCCUCUUCCCACAAGGACGCCUGCUUUCUCCGGGCCGAUGAGAUCCUCGACGAGUAUGGCCGCAUUGGCGACCGGCCGCUAGCUGGCUCUGCUCCCGGGUCAGAGAUCAUGGCCGGGGUACUGUCGGUCUUUGGGCGUAUGGAUAGCCUCCUUUGAUGUGGGGGCCGGUCCCCCAUACCCUUUCGCCCCCCCUCCCCCCUUUGUCCCUUCCUUCCUCUGCGCCGUCCCUUAUUCCCUCUGCUUCAAUGAAGGCGUCCGAGGACGCAUCUCCGUGUUUUGUGCCCCCCCCCC